AUGGAAGCAUAUAAUUCUUCUACUUCUACUUGUUUAACUUCCUCAUCAAGGCACUUGAAACAAUACUCAGAAGAAACAAAAGGUCUCAAAAUGCCACAAUCUUACCAUUCAUCUCUCCAUUCAAUUCGAAAACCCCAGAUGAAACCGUGGAAGAAACCAAUAGCACCAUUGCCACCAACCCCGCCAAGAGUUUACAAGGUGGAUCCGAUAAACUUCCGGGACCUUGUUCAGAAGCUCACUGGUGCACCCGAGCCAGAGCCACAGACUCAGCCAAGGUUCCAAAGCGUGGCACCUCCUCCACUUGAUCUUGCUAGACCAACAUUAUUUGGUGCAGACAUUGCGCCCAUACAGCUCCUUCCUUCGCCUUCGAAAACUCCAUUUUCUGCCUUGUACCAGGAGUUAAUGUCUGAAUCAUUUGAUGGAAAACCCAAGAAGAUAUCAGAUAGUACAAUGGCCAUGUCAAGUUCGCUCGAAUUGAAUCUCUCACCAUCUUCUCAUGCUUGGUGUUCCUUUCCUCUUCUGAGUCCAGGAACUCUUUCCAGUCUUGAGCAAGGCACCGUGCUUUAG